UGACAUGUAACAAAGCUCACAUCUUUGUCUUCCAGAAGAAGAACCAGCAGCUAAAGCGUCAAGCUUUGCGCCCUCCUUCCUCCAUAGCCGUCGAUAUCAAGUUCAAAGUUGAGAAAUUCCAACUCAAAGGUGUGCGAUUUCUUCAUUUCAUCAGCAAUGGCGGCCCUUCAUUCUCUUUCAGUAAUCUCACGUGCUCUGUUUUUAGGGUUUUGUUUUUUCAGAAAUUGAAAAAUGCACCUUCUUGAUCACUGAACACGCUAGGCACAUUGGGGUUUUCUCUUUUUUGUCCAUGUUUCACCAAAUCGCGUUCGUAACAUUUUGAUCCUUAAUUUUUGGGGUCUUUUUUUAAAUUUAAUUUAAUUUUUAAUGUUUAAAAGAAGAGGCAAACUUGAUCAACAAUGGCGAAGAUGGUUUCUGGUUUCAAACAAUCGGAGAUGAAUCAGUUUGAUCGUUCCUUGCUGCAAUUGAAUGGUCUUUUGGAGAAGAUGUGUUAUGAUCCACAUCAACUACACUUAUGGAGGUGUAGAGGUUCUUAAGUUUCAGGUCCUCUCAUCUAUUGGACUAAUCCUUUGGUUGACAUUGGUAUCAGAGUCUAGGUUUCCAAUGCUGCGGAGAGGACGAUCUGGAAAGGACUACCUUAACGGGACAACCAAAAGGUGCACCACCGUUAAGAGUAAAAGCCAGCAGAGUAAAGGCCGUUGUGGGUGUCGGCUUCCGAAGGGUGUUAUAAUGUUAUGAUCCCACAUCGAUUACAUUUAUGGGUGUGUAGGGAUUCUCCCAUCUAUUGGACUAGUCUUUUGGAUUGGGCUCUUUCCUUGAGCUUAAGUACCUAACAAGAUGGGUUCGUUCGAAUGUGCUUCAGAGCCAAUUCCAGGAGAUCCAGGACGGCAUAACUAGGAUCGGAACUCCCUCUGGAUCCGAUUCAAGGAGGAGGACCGAGAAAAUGAGCUGGAAGUCAAAGUUGUGAGCUUUGCCACGUGUUUUGCAUUUGUUGGUGGGUAUUAUCUCAGUGCCACGUGAUGAUAUUGUACCAUCUAAUAAUAUCUCUGAAAUUUGAAACUGCAUGGUCAGAAAUUAAACUUGGCUCAAAUUUCGGGGGCCAUUUAAUAAAUAAAGUAAAAAACUGAAGGUACUACGUAGAUAUUUUUGUAUGUGAUUCCAGCUUCAAAGAGAGACGGCAGUAGCGAAAUUGUCUUUGAAGUCUUACCUUUCACUGGGGAGUCGCCGCCCUACUCUGCAUUUGAUUCUUCACCGCUCUUUGAAUGCAGCGGCAUUUUGAUUGAGAGCAGCAGAGCUUUGGGUUUUGGCGAGUCGCUUAUUACAUAAGCUCUAUUGGGAUUUUCAGAUUGAUUGUUGCCGUUGCACAAACCCUAAUUUUCUGAAGAAUUUAAUUAGCCACGACCCACCCAGGUCAUAUCGGUUUUAUCAGAGAACUCGACAGUUGUACGGGGCUCUAGGAUGGAGAAAACCAGUGGCAAUACAGCAACCCGCUUGUUUUGGAGCAUAGUUAGUUUUUUGAGGAGAUGUCUCUUUCUUGUAAUAUCUAUUCGUCCCAUACCACGUCACAUUGCCUUCAUCAUGGAUGGAAACAGAAGAUUUGCUAAAAAGCGGAAGAUGAUGGAUGGGGAUGGACACAGGAUUGGGUUUUUGGCUUUGAUGUCCAUGCUCAAGUAUUGUUAUGAGCUGGGUGUGACAUAUGUAACGGUAUAUGCGUUUAGUAUUGAUAAUUUCAAAAGGAAUCCUGAAGAAGUUCAAUCCUUGAUGGACCUCAUGCAGGAGAAGAUCGAAGGGUUAAUCAAAGAAGAAAGCAUAGUGAAUCGGUAUGGAGUUAGGGUACAUUUUAUUGGGAACCUAAAGCUCUUGAGUGAACCUGUCAGAUCGGCAGCAGAGAGGGCUAUGGCAGCCACGGCCAAUAACUCCCGAGGAGUGCUGUCAAUAUGUAUUGCCUACACUUCCACUGAUGAGAUUGUGCAUGCUGUUCAAGAAUCGUGUGAAGAAAAACUGGACGAGAUUAGCGCGAUGAAUGCAAGUGGAGCUGGGUAUGGUCUAAUUAAACUUGGAGGCAAUGAAGAGGAUGAAAGGGUGAAGAUUGUAAAAUUGACAGAUAUUGAAAAACAUAUGUAUAUGGCGGUUGCACCAGACCCUGAUGUUUUAAUCCGUACUUCAGGUGAGACACGGUUGAGCAAUUUUCUUUUGUGGCAGAGUGCAUUUUGUUAUUUGUACUCUCCCUCGGUGCUCUGGCCUGAGAUUGGUUUCCGUCAUUUUGUUUGGGCGGUCUUGAAAUUUCAGUCUAACUAUUUUUAUCUUGAACGCAAAAGGAAACAGUCAUAACUUUGUCGAGUGAUGUGUUGUUGCCUAUGGUCUAAGAUGUUCUUGUUAAUCUCUACUUGCUGCUAAACUACUGUUUUAUGUAACAAUAUAGAUUAACGCAGGCUGGUACCAUUUAUCAUUGCUUUGGAUGGUACUUUUACAGUUUACAUUCUCAUGUAAACGUCAUUCUGUUGUACUGUAAGAAUAAACUGUGGACACGGUAAAAUAAAUUUGGUAUGUGCUAGAUUGAUUUGCAUGGUUGA